GCCAUGGCGGACGAGGGCCCGCGGAAGGGCAGCGUCUCGGCACUCGUGGGCCGCACCAACGGCCUUACCAAGCCCGCGGCGCUGGCGGGGGGCCCCGCCAAGCCGGGGGGCGCGGGCGGCUCCAGGAAGCUGGUCAUCAAGAACUUCCGAGACAGGCCGCGGCUGCCGGACAACUACACUCAGGACACGUGGCGGAAGCUGCACGAGGCGGUCCGUGCCAUCCAGGGCAGCACGUCCAUCAAGUACAACCUGAAGGAGCUCUACCAGGUGGGCGGCGGCGGGAG